AUGAUCCUUUCAUCGCCUGAUCCUAUGGAUGAGGACUGCGUACCAUUGGUUAUUUACGGGCCCCACCAGCGACUCGUAUUCUGCAGGAGGCUUGCCAUAGCUGAAGCCAAUCCGUGGACUGCACUCGAUGGUCCCUUACACGAGUACACUCAAAUUGUGCUCCAUAGUGGAAAGAAACUAUUUUUUGCUCUCACCCAAGAUAAGGAGCUUGAAGCUAGGGAUCUCCACAAUGAUCCAACUAAGAGGUUUCUCAUUCGGAUUGAAGAUAUAGGCUGCAGUGAUGAUUGGCCCUAUUCUUCUGCGGAUGAAACUGAGCUAGAGUGCAAGUCAUGCUACUACAAUGCUGAGCGUGAAUAUCCUUAUAAGACUCAAACUUUUGAUGUUUUCAAGCUUGAUUUUAUAGACCAUGAUCAAGUGGAGCUUCAAUACUUGCAGGGUAACCUUGCCAAUAGUGCAUUCUUCAUGGGCUCCAAUCCCGGCUUUGCUCUCUCGACCACCAUGUUCCCAGAAUUAAGGCCCAAUUCUAUUUACUUUACAGAUGAUCUAACUUAUGCUUACAUAUUUAGGGAGGAGCCUAAUUGUGGAGGUCAUGAUUUGGGGAUUUAUGACUAUAAAAAAGGAAGCUUUUUAUGCUGUUACUACCCUGUCGAUGUAGACAAGAUGCAGGGGAUUCUACCAGCUCCUAUUUGGUUCACCCCUAAUGUUGAUGCAACAUGCUUGGCCUCCACUUUAGGUCUCUAA